AUGCAACUUGGCCGAUUAACACCAAAGUGGUUUGAAGAGUUUAAGAAAAAUUGGAAUCAACUUGUUACAAAAUUAAUUAGUAAUAAUACAGAGGAACGCUAUAUAAUUGACCUGGAUUGUUGGGUAUAUUACCCAUUUCUCAUUUGGAAUAGUAGUAAACCAAAUAAUAUUCUUCUUAGACCUAAUUUUGAUUCAAAAAUACAAUCAAAAAUAGUUUUUAUUGCUAAUGGUGAUAAUGAGACAAUUGAUCCUGAGCUUAAUCAGCAAUAUAAAGCCAAAGUAGAUGAGUUGAAGUAUCUAGUAAACCAUCUUAAAGAAGAAUUAUCUAUUAAUAAUAUAUGA